CGCAAAACGCAAGAGCAAGAAAAAUCAACCGAAAAAUAUUAGAAAAAAAAGAGUCGGAUGGUGAUAUUAAAUAAAAUCUCGAUAGAAUAUAGAAUACAAAACAAGUCAAAUUCUUGGAUAUUUUUUUCCAUAAUCGUUUUCAAAUUCGUGAAAUGCACCAAACAUUCACAGCAGUAAUAAACAGAACCGGUUUCGAGCAGUAUUCGCAGUGGGGAAAAAUUUAUUGUUUCGGUUCAUUGAGCCCAAACUACAAGAUUAUCUUUGAUGUAUAUUUUAAAAAUUCAAAAAUGAGCUCGAUGUUUUAAGAAUACAUAAAGCAAGAAGAAAAAUAGUGUAAUAAUGGGAUCGGAUAACGAGGAGGAAAUAGAUUUAAAUUCUUUUAGAGAAGGGAGUGCUUGUAAUGAAGAAAUAACACAAGAAUGUCAUUGUUGUAAGGACGUAAACCGCCAUCUUUUGCCGCCAAAACUGUUCUACUUUUUCUUCUUCGCCGCAAAUGGAACCUUAAUGCCUUAUCUGGUCUUGUUUUUCAAACAACUAGGGCUCACUCCCAGUCAAGUUGGUAUUGUAACUGGAUUUAAACCAUUCAUGUCUUUUAUAUGUACUCCUGUAUGGGGAUAUAUUGCGGACAAGUACAAGAAAACAAAGUGGAUAUACAUCAUAUCUCUUUUGGCUUAUAUUGGUGGAUAUUUUGCUUAUUCUUUUGCGCCAGCGAAACACGUGUGUAAACUUCGAACGAAUUCGACGAAACAUCACCAGCCCUUUGGCUUUCAUUCUCAUGUACACAAAAGAAAUAUCGAAUCUUCAUACAAGUUAUAUCAAAUACUGCACAAAUUAAAAUCCAAGAGGAACAUAUAUACCCCAAAACAAAACACCGAAUACCUUAGAAAACACAAGAAAAAGCACAUUCGCGAUGUAGGAACGAUCAAUUCUGACUAUCAAACUUUCCCAGACGAGGGUGGAAUUUCCUUCUUUCAACUCCCAGCUCAUUUAGGAGCUCUUGCAUCAAAAGGAAAAGGAAAAGUGUUAAAAACCAACACAGGGCUAGAGAAAGAGAACUUUACACGCAAAGAUAGUCUGCCCUUUUAUAACGACGAGCCGUCUUGGACAAGUGAUAUAAGCGAACACAGAUCUCCUUGGGGAAUUUGUGCAGCUGCUAGAGCUAAUUCUGAAUAUGAAACAAAUUUCAGCGCGGAAAUCAAAGCCAUAGUGGAUAUGAAGGCAAUCUUUACGUAUCUCUUGAUCGUCACUAUUGUGGCUACCAUCUUUUCAUGUGCGUUGAUUACAGUUGUGGAUACGGCAACUAUUCGAAAACUGCAAGAAAACAACGAAACGCACAAAUAUGGUAAACAACGCUUGUGGGGAUCUCUUGGAUGGGGAAUUACCUCUUUUGGUGUAGGCGCCAUUAUUAGUUUGAUUCCCCUCUGUCCAGGAAUGAAUAACGAAGUUAAUUAUUACCCAGCGUUUUACGUUUUCGCUGUGUUGUUGUUAUUUGCACUGGUAAUUGGAUUAAGGUUGCAGUUUAAUCCACCAGAACAGGUAGAGAGCGAUGAUGUACAAAUUAGCCAUGCGCAGAAAAUCAAGAACGGUUUGAAACUUUUAAAAGAUCCUGUAUAUUUUUGCUUUAUCGCGACAUCUUUUUACAUUGGUAUUGUUAUGUCUAUUAUAAAGACAUUCUUGUUUUGGCAUCUAAAAGACAUUGGUGGAACACAGCUUUUAUUCAGUAUAGCAGCAGCCAUCAAUUGUGUUUCAGAAGUGUUCGUCUAUUUCUGCUCAUCCUUAUUCAUACAACGUAUUGGUCAUAUUAAAGUGUUAUAUAUUGCCUUAGUGUGCUAUUCCAUGCGACUAUUUUAUUACGGACUGCUUACUAACCCAUGGUACGUACUCGCUGCUGAACCACUGUCUGGUAUAACAACAGCUGCUGCAUGGGCGUCUAUGACGUCAUACAUUGGAUUGCACGCCACGCCUGAGAGUGUUACUACUUUACAAGGUAUAUUACACGGUAUUCACUGGGGACUUGGUCACGGUUGUGGGGAAUUACUUGGUGGGUUCAUGGUGUCAUGGAUUGGCGGAGCAAUGACAUUUAAUGUGUUUGGUGCAUUGACACUUCUUCAAUUGCUUAUUUUUAUGUCUGUAAAUUAUUGCAGCCAAAAAAGGUUAACAAAAAACAUAAACGCGAAACUUUCAGAACAGAAUACGCCGUUGAUGAAAAAUCAAGUGGAAGAAUGAAGAGAAGUGUUUUAUUGGCAUUAAUUUGUAGCUAAUUGUUUUUAGAAUACAGAUGAAGUAUAAACAAUAAAAA